GCGGCGCCAUUUUAAGCUUCUCGAUCUGUGGCAGCCGCGUUAACCCGUCCUCGGGAGCGGAGAGCGAGGGGAGGCGGAGACGGAGGAAGGUCCGAGAAGCAGCUCCAGUCCCCGCCGAGCCGCCACCGUAGGCUGAGGACGGUCGGACUCCCGCGGCGGGAGGAGCCUGUUUCCCUGAGGGUAUCUGCAGUAUACCAUACAACUGUUUUGAAAAUCCUGCGUGGACAAUGGCUACUCAAGCUGAUUUGAUGGAGUUGGACAUGGCCAUGGAGCCAGACAGAAAAGCAGCUGUUAGUCACUGGCAGCAGCAGUCUUACCUUGACUCUGGAAUCCAUUCUGGUGCCACUACCACAGCACCUUCUCUGAGUGGUAAAGGCAAUCCUGAGGAAGAGGAUGUGGAUACCUCCCAAGUCCUGUAUGAGUGGGAACAGGGGUUUUCUCAGUCUUUCACUCAAGAACAAGUGGCUGAUAUUGAUGGACAGUAUGCGAUGACUCGAGCUCAGAGAGUACGAGCUGCUAUGUUCCCUGAGACGUUAGAUGAGGGUAUGCAGAUCCCCUCUACACAGUUUGAUGCUGCUCAUCCCACUAAUGUCCAGCGUUUGGCUGAACCAUCACAGAUGCUGAAACAUGCAGUUGUAAACUUGAUUAACUAUCAAGAUGAUGCAGAACUUGCCACACGUGCAAUCCCUGAGCUGACAAAACUACUAAAUGAUGAGGACCAGGUGGUGGUUAAUAAGGCUGCAGUUAUGGUCCAUCAGCUUUCUAAAAAGGAAGCUUCCAGACACGCCAUCAUGCGCUCUCCUCAGAUGGUGUCUGCUAUUGUACGUACCAUGCAGAAUACAAAUGAUGUAGAAACAGCUCGUUGUACUGCUGGGACCUUGCACAACCUUUCCCAUCAUCGUGAGGGCUUGUUGGCCAUCUUUAAGUCUGGAGGGAUUCCUGCCCUGGUGAAAAUGCUUGGUUCACCAGUGGAUUCUGUAUUGUUUUAUGCCAUCACAACUCUCCAUAACCUUUUAUUACAUCAAGAAGGAGCUAAAAUGGCAGUGCGUUUAGCUGGUGGGCUGCAGAAAAUGGUUGCCUUGCUCAACAAAACAAAUGUUAAAUUUUUGGCUAUUACAACAGACUGCCUUCAGAUUUUAGCUUAUGGCAAUCAAGAAAGCAAGCUGAUCAUUCUGGCUAGUGGUGGACCACAAGCUUUAGUAAAUAUAAUGAGGACCUACACUUAUGAGAAACUACUGUGGACCACAAGCAGAGUAUUGAAGGUGCUGUCUGUCUGCUCUAGUAAUAAGCCGGCUAUUGUAGAAGCUGGUGGAAUGCAAGCUUUAGGACUUCACCUGACAGAUCCAAGUCAGCGUCUCGUUCAGAACUGUCUUUGGACUCUUAGGAAUCUUUCAGAUGCUGCCACUAAACAGGAAGGGAUGGAAGGUCUUCUUGGGACUCUUGUUCAGCUUCUGGGUUCAGAUGAUAUAAAUGUGGUCACCUGUGCAGCUGGAAUUCUUUCUAACCUCACUUGCAAUAAUUAUAAGAACAAAAUGAUGGUGUGCCAAGUGGGUGGUAUAGAGGCUCUUGUGCGUACUGUCCUUCGUGCUGGUGACAGGGAGGACAUUACUGAGCCUGCCAUCUGUGCUCUUCGUCAUCUGACCAGCCGACACCAGGAAGCAGAGAUGGCCCAGAAUGCUGUUCGCCUUCACUAUGGACUACCAGUUGUGGUUAAACUCCUACACCCACCAUCCCAUUGGCCUCUGAUAAAGGCUACCGUUGGAUUGAUUCGAAAUCUAGCCCUUUGUCCAGCAAAUCACGCACCUUUACGUGAGCAGGGUGCCAUUCCACGACUAGUUCAGUUGCUAGUUCGUGCACAUCAGGAUACCCAGCGCCGUACAUCAAUGGGUGGAACACAGCAGCAGUUUGUGGAGGGGGUCCGCAUGGAAGAAAUAGUUGAAGGUUGUACUGGAGCCCUUCACAUCCUAGCUCGGGAUGUUCACAACCGAAUCGUAAUCAGAGGACUAAAUACCAUUCCAUUGUUUGUGCAGCUGCUUUAUUCUCCCAUUGAAAAUAUCCAAAGAGUAGCUGCAGGGGUCCUCUGUGAACUUGCUCAGGACAAGGAGGCUGCAGAAGCUAUUGAAGCUGAGGGAGCCACAGCUCCUCUGACAGAGUUACUUCACUCUAGGAAUGAAGGUGUGGCAACAUAUGCAGCUGCAGUUUUGUUCCGAAUGUCUGAGGACAAACCACAAGAUUACAAGAAACGGCUUUCAGUUGAGCUGACCAGUUCUCUCUUCAGAACAGAGCCAAUGGCUUGGAAUGAGACUGCUGAUCUUGGACUUGAUAUUGGUGCCCAGGGAGAACCCCUUGGAUAUCGUCAGGAUGAUCCCAGCUAUCGUUCUUUUCACUCUGGUGGAUAUGGCCAGGAUGCCUUGGGUAUGGACCCCAUGAUGGAGCAUGAGAUGGGUGGCCAUCACCCUGGUGCUGACUAUCCAGUUGAUGGGCUGCCAGAUCUGGGGCAUGCCCAGGACCUCAUGGAUGGGCUGCCUCCAGGUGAUAGCAAUCAGCUGGCCUGGUUUGAUACUGACCUGUAAAUCAUCUUUUAGCUGUAUUGUCUGAACUUGCAUUGUGAUUGGCCUGUAGAGUUGCUGAGAGGGCUCGAGGGGUGGGCUGGUAUCUCAGAAAGUGCCUGACACACUAACCAAGCUGAGUUUCCUAUGGGAACAAUUGAAGUAAACUUUUUGUUCUGGUCCUUUUUGGUCGAGGAGUAACAAUACAAAUGGAUUUUGGGAGUGACUCAAGAAGUGAAGAAUGCACAAGAAUGGAUCACAGGAUGGAAUUUAUCAAACCCUAGCCUUGCUUGUUUAAAAAAAAAUUUUUUUUUAAAUAUCUGUAAUGGUACUGACUUUGCUUGCUUUGAAGUAGCUCUUUAAUUUUUUUUUUUUUUUUUUGCAGUAACUGUUAGUUUUUUAAGUCUCUUGUAGUGUUAAGUUAUAGUGAAUACUGCUACAGCGAUUUCUAAUUUUUAAGAAUUGAGUAAUGGUGUAGAACACUAAUUCAUAAUCACUCUAAUUGUAAUCUGAAUAAAGUGUAACAUUGUGUAGCCUUUUUGUAUAAAAUAGACAAAUAGAAACGGUCCAAUUAGUUUCCUUUUUAAUAUGCUUAAAAUAAGCAGGUGGAUCUAUUUCAUGUUUUUGAUCAAAAACUUUUAUUUGGGAUAUGUAUGGGUAGGGUAAAUCAGUAAGAGGUGUUAUUUGGAACCUUGUUUUGGACAGUUUACCUGUUGCCUUUUAUCCCAAAGUUGUUGUAACCUGCUGUGAUACAAUGCUUCAAGAGAAAAAUGCGGUUAUAAAAAUGGUUCAGAAUUAAACUUUUAAUUCAUUCGA